AUGGACAGCUCCAGCGCCCACUCACAGUUCAGCUUUCCGGUUUUCAGCACUUCCAAUCCGUCCACCCAGUACAAUCGAUACAAAGGCAGCAUCUACCUGGUGUUUGACUUCUGUGAACAUGACUUGGCUGGGUUACUCAGUAAUGCCAACGUCAAGUUUACUUUGGCCGAAAUCAAAAAAGUCAUGCAGAUGUUGCUAAAUGGUUUAUAUUACAUUCACCGAAAUAAGAUUCUGCACCGCGACAUGAAGGCGGCCAACGUGCUCAUCACGAGGGAUGGCGUCCUGAAGCUGGCCGAUUUCGGUCUGGCACGUGCCUUUAGCCUUGCCAAAAACAGCCAGGGGAAUCGCUACACCAAUCGGGUCGUGACGCUUUGGUACCGCCCCCCGGAGUUACUGCUGGGGGAAAGAGACUAUGGCCCCCCUAUUGACCUGUGGGGUGCAGGCUGCAUCAUGGCAGAGAUGUGGACACGUAGCCCUAUCAUGCAGGGCAACACAGAGCAGCACCAGCUCACCCUCAUCAGCCAGCUCUGUGGCUCUAUUACAGCUGAGGUGUGGCCUGCUGUUGACAAGAAGUAUGAGCUUUACCAGAAGCUGGAGCUGCCCAAGGGACAGAAGAGGAAAGUGAAAGACCGGCUGAAGGCCUAUGUGAAGGACCCCUAUGCUCUGGACUUGAUCGACAAGCUCUUGGUCCUUGAUCCGGCCCAGCGGAUCGACAGCGACGACGCCCUCAACCACGAUUUCUUCUGGUCCGACCCUAUGCCCUCCGACCUCAAGAACAUGCUCUCCACGCACAACCAGUCCAUGUUUGAGUACCUUGCCCCGCCCAGGAGAAGGGGCCACAUGCCCCAGCAGCCUGCCAAUCAGAGCAGGAACCCUGCCACCACCAACCAGACUGAGUUUGACCGGGUGUUUUAAUGGGGCAGAGACUGGCAAGUCUCUUAACGCUACAGCCCUGAAAGGAACACUUUGCAGUCUCAGGAUAGCUUUUUGAAAUUUCUCAGAAGAAUUCUGACCUGCGGUCCCAGGUUGUUACAACCAUGAGGAUGGAUUCUGUGGACUACUGAA